UAGAAAACAAAGGUCGUGAUUUAUGCAGUGAUGUGUGUUGUGUAGUUCUGUGCUACGGCGUGCGACAAAGAUACUCUACGGAAGGUAUGUGGAAGGAUGCUGCUUCAAGUCAGGACAUCAAAUCCUCCAGACUUUUAAGGGACACACACAGUGGCCGAAUUCUGUGAAAGUGCUCAUGGGGCUGAGUUUGUCUGUCAGUUGCCUCUUGUCACUUAUUUCUCUGGUUAUAAGUGUCGUUAGUGAUCAUGGCAAUAUCAGAAUCCAUCACCAUGACUACUGUGUGCUUGGGGCGGGGCCGGCUGGCCUACAGAUGGGCUAUUUCCUGUCCCAGAGUCAGAGAGAUUACAUAAUACUGGAGCGCAACUCUGGACCAGGAAGUUUCUUCCAAAAGUAUCCUCGCCAUCGAAAACUCAUCAGCAUCAACAAAAUUUACACAGGGAGGCAGAACAAGGAGUUUAAUCUGCGCCAUGAUUGGAACUCGCUGCUAAGUCACAGACCAGACCUGCUGUUGCAGAGAUUCAGCCAGGACCUGUACCCUGAUGCUGAUGUCUUUCCUCGCUACCUCUCUGUGUUUGAGAAAGAACUGGGGCUGCAGGUUAAAUAUAAAACUGACAUAGGAAGCAUUCGUGCUAUGCAGUUUGCAGGAAGUGGACAUAAAGGCUACAUACUGACGGAUCAGCACGGGGUCGAUUAUAAAUGCAGAGUUCUGUUAGUGGCUACUGGACUCUGGAUCCCUGAAGAGGUCAAAUUUGUGGGCUCUAAUUUGGUGGAAGGAUACGAGUCCAUCUCCACUGAUCCUGAGGAGUACAAAAAUCAGGCUGUGCUGAUCCUGGGCAAGGGAAACUCAGCCUUUGAAACAGCACAGAACAUUCUGGGAAGAGCCAGCAGGAUUCACUUGUACAGCCCGAGCCCUGUACGGCUAGCAUGGCAAACACACUAUGUUGGAGAUCUAAGAGCGGUAAAUAAUGAGCUCUUAGACACCUACCAGCUAAAAUCUCUGGAUGGCUUAGUAGAGGGAGGACUGGAGGACAUCGCUGUAGUCUGUGGAAAAACAAUGGGAAAGAGAACUGGAAAAAAGAUGUUGGGCAGGGCUUCAGUGAAAAAAGAGCAGCUGUAUCUUACUCUGUCUGAACUUUUGGACAGUCACAAUGUCAACCAGGGGACUAAUAUUACUGCAGAAAACCUGCCCGGGUACCAUGACGACAACUUCUCACUAAGACAGCCGUAUGACCGUGUAAUCCGCUGCCUGGGUUUCCGCUUUAACUUCUCCAUCUUCAAUGUCUCUGCCCGUCCACCACGCAGCAGUGUUGCUCGUGGCCGUAUGCCAGCAGUGACAGCAUGGUAUGAGGGCAGGGGAACGCCCAAUCUGUUCAUCCUUGGAACCUCAGCCCACUCCAGAGACUACAGAGUAUCAGCUGGAGGAUUUAUUCAUGGAUUCCGCUACACAGUUCGUGCUGUCCAUAAGGUCUUGGAACAACGUUACCAUAACAAUACUUGGCCAGCUAUUAAACUGCAGACCAGUCACCUGCUGUCAUGGAUUUUGAAGAGAGUGAAUGAAGCAUCAGGACCAUACCAAAUGUUCGGGGUUUUGGGAGAUAUUGUAUUACUGCAAGGAGCUCACUGUGAGUAUCUGGAGGAGUUUCCCGUGCAGGCGCUACCUCAUUUUUCUGCUCUGUCUGGACGGCAUAUCUCUGAGCAAGGCCUUCUGGUCGUGAUCAUGCAGUAUGGACUGAACCACACAGACACACUUGGGUCAGGGCGUGCUGAGUCAGAGUGGACCAAAGCCUGGAGGUCGAAUUUCCUCCACCCUGUCAUCUACUACUACAGCACAUUGCCUACAGAGAGAGAUAUGAGGCAGCGUCCCGCUGGAUGGCCUCUACCACGACCUGAUGCUGUGCAUCACAUCAUUGAAGACUUCCUGACUGAGUGGGACCAGCCCGUGUCACACAGUCAGCCCCUGCGUCGCUUCCUUGAGCACUGCCUUCAGACAGACCUCAGGGCAUUCUAUGCAGAGUCCUGCUUCCAGCUUUCCCUCACCAACCUCAAGCCCCCUGUCUUUUGCCGUCAAGGCUACCUAAACAAAGGAGGCAUUGUGGGUAACAGCCAUCUAUGGCAGCAUGCCCGUGAGGCAGGCCUCAAGCUAGACCAUCACAAAUCAAAUCUUCCUUCUAAUGAUGGGUCAUUUUCAAAAUACCUGUCCCUUGCUGGAGGUGCAGUGACGUCAACAAUCAACUCUGAUCUCUAAAGUUAGCUAAAUAAGCCAAAGACUGAGUCCCUUAUAAAGCUAUUCUAAAGUUAUUAUUAUGAAAUAUGUAUAAUUAUGAAGUGUAUCUAUUUACCUGUACUUAACUAACUGCCUCAUAUUUUUCCAAAAUUGUUACUGCACUAGAAUUUAUGUUUUGGUAGGAAAAUGUAUGUAGAGAGCUUGUGGUUUG